CGCUGGCCCUUUUCGGUACCCUGCCGUAGUUUCGCACGUCUUUUCCCGAGCCGCGAGCGUGUGUGCUUUGUGAGUGUGUAGGUGUAUGUGGACGGUAGUGUGUCCUGCUUGUGGACACAGGUCAGUUCCUGCGGGACGUGCGGCGUCUGGGCCGCCGAUGCCCGAAUUUAAUCAUGUUCCCAAACGACGACGGUUCCCAGCCGUAGAGUGUGUAGCGUUCCGGCCCGCUCGGCCCUUGGCUCGUGGUGUACGGGUCCAUUCAUCCAAAUCCCGGGAAUCGGCAUACGAACACUUAUGCACGCCAGCCUACUGGCAACGGUACGGAAGGCCCUUCAAGCGCCCGGAUCAAGUGCAAUCAAGUGUAGGGCACAAAAAUCCGGAGAAGCGCGAGCAAGCAAGGAACGAAGGUGAACGGCCGAAGGGCGCUUUAACGAAAACAACACUCAACUGUCACCCAACAACAGCGAUCAAACAAUAUUCAUCUCGUCAAGAAGCAAUAGCGGGUGCCCGAAAACAUACCAAGCGUUCCAAGUUCUUGGACGGACGGAUACAAUCGAAGUAGCUGAUCGCAGCGCGUAGCGUAAUUUCAAAUCCGAACGCCCAGUUAGCUGAGUUUGUUUACCGACGUCGCGCGUAAUUUAUUACCGUUGGCUCUUUUCGUCACGUCCGCGCGCGACCAACUCUUGUACCAAUGGCCAAGCAGGAAAGCACCAUCAUCAAGAAGUCGACGAAGACGGCCGCGACGCAGACCGAGCCGGCGGUGACGGCGGCCACGAGUUGAUGCUGAAACCUCCUCGAUAGAAAAUGCCGCAGACACCGACGACGACGACGACAACGACGACGACGACGGCAGGGAAAAGGAAAAGUUAGCGGCCAGCAAGUGACGCCGCAAACGAACAGCAGCCAUAAGUGCUAAACACUUCUAACGGUCCGUUCUAUUUUUCCCCGAUUUCGGCGGCCCUCAAACCCCGCUUGCCCAGACCACCGAGAUACGAGGAUCGACACUCCGAGCGGCACAGAUACGCCACGAGUGUCUUCAGCGGCUGUACAAAGUUGGCGCUCUGCGCGAGUUUUGCGUUAGAACAGCUGCAGCGUGCCGUCUUUUUUUUUGCGCAAGGUAUUUGCGAGUGGGCUGAGCUCGAAUGGUAAGGAAAGAAGUUCGAUAAGCGAGCUCGAGAGGCGGAAGCUUGGAAACUGAAACAGAAGCUGAACUUCAUACCCUGCUGUGUGGUACACUACUUACUGACCUCAAACGGUGACAACACACAACUUUGAGUCACGCGGUGGUGGAACGGGAGCGCCGGCUUAUGCCGAUGCCGUGGAAGAGGCUGACGGAUGGAUUGAGCGAUGGACCCGGCACCUGACCCUGGUGGCUAUCGAAGCGUCACAUUCUUUUGCUAGCCCAGAAGCCGCUGCAACGGGACUGUUCCAUGCAGUAUCGUCUUAUCCCAGCUCCCGCUGUCCCUGUUCUACCAUCUAGAGAAGAUCCGUUUUACCUCUAGCUGCACAACAUUCGUCGUUUCUUUCAACGGGGGGGAGAACGUCGUACACAGUUCCUAAGUGGUUCCAAAAAAAAGACAUUGCGAAAAAACCCAACCGAACAUUGUCAGCCGAUUUGAAAGAUUAUUUUCCAAACGAGUAAGGUGCAGAAGCUCGUAGGUGACAUACAGGAAAACAUAUCGAUACGCGGAGGUAUCGUUUUAUGAGCGUUACAAGAGUGUAACGAGCAGUGAAGUGCAAAGACUGUCUGUAGAAUCAAAGACGCGCUCACGCUUCGAAGAAAGCUGUUGCAAACCGAACCAGAGACAAAAACCACCGACUGAAUUCCGUCGUUAGUAGCUUAGAAAGUCAAGUAAGACGUGGCGCUUUACUUAGCGUAAACUCAUAUCGAAGCGGAAGCGGUCGAUAUCGACCUAAACCGAACACAAACAGCACGCCAAAAAAAAAAACUUAAGUAAGAACGAAGUUGGCCCGGAACAACGGAAGCUAACCUGAUAGUGCAAAUUUUGCCUCGCUUUACCUUCGGCCUCGUACGAUGCGACUAAUGCUGCGUAAUCGCAAACUGUUGCUGGCGGCCGGCGCCUCCCUGACGGUGCUGGUGCUGCUGUGGAAGUGGUCCGACGUACAGGUCGCCUGUUGGGGCGGAGUGCCCGGCCCGGGUGCCAUGGUGCGCGACGAACAGAGUCAGGAUGGUGGAGGCAACUAUAAGUACCAUCGGAACAUGCCGCUGAUUUUCAUUGGCGGCGUACCACGGUCCGGAACUACGCUCAUGCGUGCCAUGCUAGACGCCCAUCCGGAAGUACGGUGUGGUCAGGAAACUCGCGUCAUACCGCGCAUUCUGCAGCUGCGCUCGCACUGGAUGAAGUCGGAAAAGGAAUCGGUGCGGCUGGUCGAGGCCGGCAUCACCAAGGAGGUGCUGAACGGGGCGAUCGCACAGUUCUGCCUCGAGAUCAUCGCCAAGCACGGCGACCCGGCGCCCCGGCUGUGCAACAAGGACCCGCUCACGCUCAAGAUGGGCUCGUACGUGAUCGAGCUGUUCCCGGAGGCGAAGUUCCUGUUCAUGGUGCGGGACGGGCGCGCCACGGUGCACUCGAUCAUUUCGCGCAAGGUCACCAUCACCGGCUUCGACCUGACCAGCUACCGGCAGUGCAUGAGCAAGUGGAACCAGGCCAUUCAGACGAUGCACGAGCAGUGCAAGGAGAUUGGCAGCGACCGGUGCAUGAUGGUGUACUACGAGCAGCUCGUGCUACAUCCCGAGCAGUGGAUGCGCAAGAUCCUGAACUUCCUCGAUAUCCCCUGGAACGACUCGGUGCUGCAUCACGAGGAGUUUAUCAACAAGGAGAACGGUGUGGCGCUUUCCAAAGUGGAACGAUCGUCGGAUCAGGUCAUCAAGCCGGUCAACCUGGAGGCACUGGCUAAAUGGGUCGGUAAAAUACCGAACGAUGUGGUGCGUGACAUGGCGGACGUCGCACCGAUGCUGUCCGUCCUCGGUUACGAUCCGUACGCCAACCCACCCGACUACGGAAAACCGGACACGUACGUCCAGGAGAACACCCACAAGGUGAAAUCAAACUCGGAGCUUUGGGAGCACCGAGCGAAGGAGCUGCUGAACCGGGACGCGGACCGGUUCGCUGACAACGCACCACCGAAGGCAAAGGAUGCCGAUGAAGAUGACUACGGUGGUGGAGGCGGUGGUGGCAGCAAAGCGGAUCACAAAACGUGAUGAUAAGGCCUCGGCAAAGGCCUUCCCCGGGACGGAAUGGGGGACAGAUUGGCUAACGCCAGUGGUAAAGCAGCGUGCGUGUAUGUGCGCUGUACGUACAAUUUAUGGUUUUAAGGACAAAUCGUUUCGUUCGCUGAGAGAAAUAAGCAUACAAUAGUCGGUAUCAGCAUCGUUCCGGCCAGCUUUGGCUGCAAUGGCGUGUGUACAUAUAAGUAGCGAAGUAGACAACAUUAAACAGGGCAAGUUAGGCGAAACGUUUGAAACCGAGCGAUGCUUGCUUCCAAUCUUCGAAAUGCUGUAGAAAGAGAGUAGACAAACAAGGGGAAAGACAAGACAAAUGAUCAUGACGACGCUUUGUACAGCGAAUGUGGUGCAAUGUGAUGUGUUGCUUGUUUGUGUCGGCAAACACACAGAGGGUACAGUUUCGAGUCGCUUUACCGAUUAGUUUCGCUUUAAGAGUACCGAUUUCCAGCUUCACCGCGGUAUGGGCGAAGUUCUCUUCUGCAACGCUUAACCAUCGUAUAUAUAUAUAUAUCGAUCUAUAUAGUAAGUAAAAUAAUCUUCUGCACCGUUUGGUGCCACACACCUCUCUCAGCACCUGUACGAUUCCGAGCUGGAGCAGACGCCACCAGCUUUUUGCUCACAAGGACUGGUUGUAUUCGAAAUGUCUACCAAAUGUCUCGAGUGCCAAUCGAACUCGAGUGGCUCGGACAGAUGCAUCAGCUUUUGUGUCGGUAGAAAAGAUUAAAAACAAGAAGCUAGCAAUUGAAUUAGUUGUAAUUAACACACAAAAAAAGAUGGCCAACAUGGAUUGCGAAAGUUCAAGUAGAGUAAACAAAAGCACACUACAAGAAAAUAGGAGAAACGAUGCAGGUGGGAUGCCAUUGCGUUCAGUUUUGUUUGUUUUGUUAGCACUCUCGGAUAUUGUGCAACGUUCCGUGGAUCAAGCGUGGCUUGUGUAGUGUGAUCCGUAGAAAAAGAAUUCCUAAUUAGCGUACGUGGGUCAGCUUUGUUUUUGAAGGGAGAGAUUAAUGCAGCCACCCAUGCAAGCCCCAGCUCUUGCACUCCAGCUCGGCAAUAGGCAAAAGUGCAAGGAGUAUAAAUUCGCAAUAUAGUAACCGUACAACGCAAAAACAAUAACAAUUUACAUUAUUCGACACGCACAACAGGUAUACAUACAAAUAUCCUAUUAUACACCGAUAUACAUGUAUAGGAAGCUAGGGUUAUACAAGUAGAAACAGUUUUCCAGAACAGGUUGAGCCAAGGAAAGUUAAAGACAGCAUGUAAUCGACCACAGCCAUGUCACUGGCCAUGUCAACGAAGUCAAUGGAAUAGACUGGGGAAGCACAAAACAAACACACAUCUAUAAAUAACAAGUUACAGAAGCGCGGCGCUAAGAGACAAACAAUCAUUUGAAACAAUCCGGGUACGGAGGGGGGACAUCGAGCUCUUUUUUGAAUAUAAAUCCGUCAAAAGCCGUCGAGGCAACGUAGAGGAAAGCGGGUCGCUUGUUACCCGAACGGCGGCAUAUAGCAGAUACUUACAUACGUACACGGAGUUCAGGUGCAUCUUAAAGGAGUAAAGCAACGCACGAUGGGCUCGUGGUAGUGAUCGACGUUCGGACAGCCGGAAGGACGCACACUUUCGCUGGCGUUGUUUAUGUGUUUUUUUUCUUCUGCCCGCUUGCUUGGUAGGAGACAGCCUACCGAAGAAAAAACACAGAAAUAUGAUAGUGUACAUAGUCCAUGUGAAACAUGUUUAUUUUAAUUUCCAAAAAAUCCCGAAUCGGAGCUGCAAGCGGCGAGCAUUUUCGCGGCCAGCCCGCCCAGGGAUCUUGCUAGUUAAAAAAAACCCGUCGGGAGCGUCUUGGCGGCAAUAUGGGGAAAUAUGCAAUCAUAACGAGUAUUUUACGACUGGUACACGGAAAGGCGAAAAGGAAAACCCGGGCAUGAAGAGAGUCUGUGUAUGUACAGCGUUAGAAGCGAUGAAAUGGAGGACGACAAAGGAAUUAAAUAAAAUGUAUGAAUGUUAUUAUUAAAAAGUA